UCUAUUACAAGUUCUUUUAGGUGGCCAAGCUAACAGACUCAGAAACGAUACUUCGUAAUCAAAAAUAUCACUUCAAUCCACCUGGACUGGCCCCCCCUCUCACGUGCACAUCCUUAUCCACACGUGCCAUCUUUCUCUAUCUAUCUCUCUUUUAUCCUACCCCCUCGUUUCGCUUGCUCUCUCUCUCUCUUUCUCUCUUUUAUUAAAAAUUGCAGCUUUUAACUCGAGCUCCCAUGCCACAUUUGGGUGCAAGAACUGAGGAGCAGACGCUUUCAUUCAUUGGCCUCUCUCUCUCUUUCGCUUUCUUUCUUUUAUCAACGUUUCUUUUCCUCUUUUAUAACAAGAAACUAGCAAAUCACAACUGAUCCGCAUAAUUUUUACUUCUUGUCAAUGUAAUACGGAGCCACAGAGAGAGAGAGAGAGAGAGAGAGAGAGAGUGAGAGAACAGACGAAGAAUAUUAUAUACUGCUAAGCAGAAAGAGAAAGAGAUUUUAGAGCAAAAACAAAGAGAUGGAAAAUGGCGGCAACGUGUACAAUAAUGGCCACAUCAACCGUAACAAAGGCCAAACCAGCAGUAAUACUAUUCUUGGUUGGGAUAUGUUUGAGCCUAAUACUUCAAGAUUUGACUGGGCCAGUACUAGUAACGCCACCACGUUGUUUACCACUGCUACCGCGGUCUCCACCUCUGCAACCGGGGAAAGCACCAGCUCCACCACCAACUCACUCAUUUUUCCCCAUCAAAGUCUUUAUUACCAACACCAUGAUCACCACUAUCAGCAGCUCUCUCUCUACGCUGGAGAAGGGUUGUCCCACUUGCACCCGGAUCCACAUCUAAUGUGCUUGAAGCUUGGCAAGAGACACUAUUUCGAGGAUACUAAUACAAUCCCUGCGAGUGACCGAGAGAUAACUAGUUUCUCUAUAGGAAAAAGAGGGAAACCAUAUUACAGUGUCGUGGGUAGUCAAGUAGGACCAUCAUCAUCUGCGGCGGCGGCUGCGGUACCCGUACCAAGGUGUCAAGUGGAGGGUUGUCAUGUGGCAUUGGUCAAAGCUAAGGAUUAUCACAGAAGACAUAAAGUCUGUGAAAUGCAUUCAAAGGCUUCUAACGUAAUCGUUCUAGGGUUGGAACAGCGAUUUUGUCAGCAGUGUAGCAGGUUUCACGUAGUGUCAGAAUUUGAUGACGCCAAGCGGAGCUGUAGAAGGAGAUUAGCUGGUCACAACGAGCGAAGAAGAAAGAGCGCUCAUGAUUCUGUUUCCAGGAACUCUUGUCAAGACAAGUAUAUGAGUGCAAGAUUUCCAUACUUAGCGUCACCGACAGGCCGUGCUCUCUCUCUUCUGUCAUCAAAGGCCGAUUCUUGGAUUUCUUCAUCUGAUCUCUCUUCAAGAUCCAGCGCAGCAUUACGCGAAUUGAUUGCAGAGAACCGCGCUGCAAUCUUGACGAGACAGCUCGUUCUUGAACGACACUUGCACCAUAAUAAUGGGAUAGAAGACUUGGGUUCUGAUCACUCCCAACCUAGCACCAAUAAUUCAUUCACCAUCCCCCACCAUAAUUGGGACAGAUUCCACGUCCCGGAUACACAAGUCACGCUUGACUUAAUGCAGACUCCGAAUUCGGCAUUCGGGUUCUUGUCUGCUAGAGAAAAAAAUAAGGAUGAUGAACAAGAAUGUUCUGAGUUGUGGAACAAUUGGGCGGGAGCCCAUGAUAUUUAAAGUUCUUAACACUAAAUUCUUUUGUGGAACAUUUCUUGUGGUCAAUUAAAUUUUCAAGAACAACUAGUUGUUUGUUUCUCUGGAUAUUUAAUUUAAUUCAAUUUAUGUAGAAUCGUGCAAGUAAUAACAUGA